UUAAUAAAUGAAUUCGAUACGGUACGGUACAGUAGGAUGCCUUUCUAUCUCCCUCUGUCUGAGUGUUGAGAUUUCUGGGCUUAUCAGAGCACACUAAACCGAAUAGGAAUCGGCGAGCGAGAGAGGGUGGGUGGUGCCACUGCAAUCCUACUUCUUCUGCUCUUCCACUGCCUUCCAGGUUUUCUUGGAAAUCUUUUGGUACAGAGGUUGGUACUCAGUAUGUCUACACUGGAAACAACCGGGGAAAGGAAAGUCGAUCGCUUUCCUUACACCAUAAAGAGGCCAAGAGUUGAUGCUGUUCGAGAAUUCCCGAUAGGAUGUGGGUUAUUUGAUGCUCGGGUGCUACCAAGCAAGUCUGAAGAUCGUGGCAUCAUAGACCAAUCAUCAAAUAUUGUUGGCCAUACGGAGAAGAAUGAUAAGGUGUAUGGGCUAUUUUCUAAGUCCUCUAGUGUUAUGAACAUACCAAUGGACAAUUGCCUCUCACCUCGGAAUAUGUUGAGAAGUAUUCCUGUUGAGCGGGAUUUUCCCCAAGGUUGUGGAAGGGUGGUGUCUUCUUCUUUGAGAAUCAAUUGUCCAGAUGCUAAUGUUAUUCCUGAGUGCAAAUCAGCAAUAGGUGGUGAUUGCAAUAAACAUGCAAAUGAUAGGUGCUCGUCUUUAUUGGCCAAGGAUGCUAAGCUCAAGAAGGAUGUUAUUAAUCAUGGCGUGGAUGACGUACAUGUAGCCUGGCGUUGCAAGGUGAAGGAGGCUUUGGGUGCAUAUCAAGAGCUAUUUACUGAGCUUUCGCAAGAAUAUGCUAAAAAGUCCGACAAAAAUGUUGGUUGUAAGAUUCAUAUGGAAGUCGUAAUGCGUCAUAAAGAGCAAGGAAAGUGUGUUAACACAAGGAAACAAUUAGGACCCAUUCCAGGAGUUGAAGUUGGUGAUGAGUUUCAAUACAGGGCUCAACUAGUUAUUGUUGGCCUUCAUCAUCCUUAUCAAAAUGGUAUUGAUUACAUGACGAAGGAUGGGAAAAGUGUGGCCACAAGCAUUGUGGAUUCAGGGCGUUAUGGUAACCAUGUAGAGUCUUCUGAUAUCUUGAUAUAUUCAGGUGAAGGUGGAAAUUCGAUGAUCAAGGGUGAAGAACCAAAGGAUCAAAAACUUGAGCGUGGAAACCUUGCACUAAAGAAUAGCAUUGAAGAAGGAACUCCUGUAAGGGUAAUUCAUAAACGUUUAGAGGUGGGUACUAAUAGCAGAUCUUCCACGACGUAUGUUUAUGAUGGUCUCUACAAAGUGGUUGAAUUUUGGCAAGAUAGAGAAAAAUUUGGUAAAAUGGUCUUUAAGUUCUCAUUGAGAAGGUAUUCGGGGCAACCACGACUCACAUUGGGAAAAAUUUUGGACAAGUCGAAGAGGCCAAUAGUUUCAAAGGGUGGUGUUUAUAAAAAUGAUAUCUCUGAAGGGAAAGAGAGGAUGCCUGUUCGUAUGGUCAAUGAAAUAGAUGAUGAGAGUACUCCAUUUUUCAAUUACACAUGCAAUAUCAUUUAUCCAAAUUUCUUCAAGGCGGUCACACUAAGGGGUUGUCAUUGCCUUGAUGGAUGCUCCGCAUCUGAACCAUGUUCUUGUGUAAUGAAGAACGGAGGAGUUUUGCCGUAUGAUAACAAUGGACAUCGAACGAACAAGAAUGCCCUUGUGUAUGAAUGUGGUCCUUUGUGUAAGUGCCCUUCUUCUUGCAAAAACAGAGUGAGUCAACAUGGCAUUCGUUUUAGACUUGAAGUCUUCAGGACUAAAUCAAAAGGAUGGGGUGUUAGAUCACACUCAUUUAUUCAAGAGGGAAGUUUUAUAUGCGAGUAUGCAGGAGAAAUAGUUCAAGAUAAUGACGACUUAGCUAUUCGUUCCGCGGAACAUGGGAACGUUGGAAGAUUUGUCAAUCAUAGUAGCUGUCCUAAUCUAUUUUGCCAAGCUAUCCUCUAUGAUCACGACGACUUGAGAAUGCCACACAUGGUGUUAUUCUCCAAGAAGAACAUAGCACCAAAACAAGAGUUAACUUGUGAUUAUAAUUCUAGUGGGCGAAAGUUUGUAAUCUAAGAUGGGUACAAGAGCUAGCUUGUGAUUGUAGUUCUAGUGGGGAAAGUAUGUAAUGGAAGAUGGGUUUUCAAGAUGAGAUUUUGUUGUUGUGGUGGGAUGUCCUAAUGGUUAGUGUGGGAUGUCUUGGUGAUUAGUGAAAGUAAAUAUUAUUACAAGACUUCGAUGAAA